AUGGAGGCCGGUUUGCCCACAGCAGCAGAGAAGAAAGAUUGUAAUACGUCCACUCUCGAUGGAAACGGCUUCAGUGAGCUGCAAAAACCUUCCCCAUCAUCCUUUGCUAGAGGCCCCCAUCAUAUAUUCCCAACUUUCCAUUCGCCGAUCCCCAUCGAUGUGCGUCACCAUGAGGGAAGAUACCACUAUGAACCCCAUGCACUCCACGCCUUACACGGGCAUCCAGGGUUAACGGGCAGUCCGGUGAUUUCCGACAUCUCUCUCAUACGUCUGUCUCCGGGGGCCACCGGCGAGACUGCCUUCCUCCCACCCCACUCUUACGUCUCGCCGCACGUUGAGCAUUACCUGCGCUCGGCGCACAGCAGUCCCACACUGUCCAUGAUCUCGGCCGCUCGUGGAUUGAGUCCAGCCGAGGUGGCUCAUGAGCAUCUGAAGGAGCGUGGGCUGUUUGGUUUGCCCCCACCUCCACCCGGUGCCACCCCAGCGGAGUAUUACCACCUCAUGACGGGACACAGGAACCCGUACGGAGAGCUGCUCAUGCAGGGCACAGGGGCCGCCGCAGCUCACCUGCCGGACUAUUUCACACCCGUGGACGUGUCUCGGUUCCCCAGUCCUCGUUUGACGCCCCGGUUGAGUCGGAAGCGAGCACUGUCCAUCUCUCCGCUCUCAGAUGCCAGUAUCGAUUUUCAGACUAUGAUCCGCACCUCGCCCAAUUCUCUGGUCGCCUACAUCAACAACUCCCGAUCCAGUUCGGCCGCUAGCAGCUCAUACGGACACCUGUCUGUCGGAGGCAUCAGUCCGUCGUUUCCCUUCCCUCCUUCCAUUAAUCCAGUGGCAUAUCAGCAGCUGUUGUCUCAGCAGAGAGGAUUCAGUGCGUUCGGUCACACACCGCCACUCAUACAACCAUCACCAACAUUCUCCAGCAGACAACAUGCCAUCAGCAUCUCCAGCCUCACCAAACCCAUCACCAAUGACCCUGAGAUCAAGAACACAAGUGGUGAUUCUGCGGUCAGCAGCACCGUGAACCCCCUGAACAACAAGAGGUCAAAGGUCAAGUCUGAGUUUGACGGGCCACGACCCUUGUCGCCAUGCUCUCCAGAUCAUCUGGGUGGCACACUGGACCUGAAGGAAGACCUGGAUGACUGCAAACAAGAAGCAGAGGUUGUGUACGAGACAAACUGUCACUGGGAGGGCUGCAGCAAAGAGUACGACACACAAGAGCAGCUUGUGCAUCACAUCAAUAACGAACACAUCCACGGGGAUAAGAAGGAGUUUGUCUGCCGCUGGGACGAGUGCUCACGCGAGCAGAAGCCGUUUAAGGCGCAGUACAUGCUGGUGGUGCACAUGCGCAGACACACGGGGGAGAAACCGCACAAAUGCACUUUCGAGGGCUGCUCCAAAGCAUACUCACGUCUGGAGAAUCUAAAGACACACUUGCGUUCACACACCGGCGAGAAACCAUACGUGUGUGAGCAUGAGGGAUGCAACAAGGCCUUCUCCAACGCCUCGGAUCGAGCCAAACACCAGAACCGCACACACUCCAAUGAGAAACCCUACGUGUGUAAGAUUCCAGGCUGCACGAAGCGCUACACCGAUCCCAGCUCGCUACGGAAACACGUCAAAACCGUCCACGGACCUGAGGCGCACGUCACCAAGAAACAACGAGGUGACCUGCCAUCACGACCUCACCCACCCAGGGAAAAUGGUGAGAACGAGACGGGAACCAAUCUGUCUGUCCGCACGGUGGAGGAGAAACUUGAAGCAAACAGCACAACUAGAGGCAUCGAGGACUAUCUGACUAAGUCAAUAAAGACGGAGAACUCGAUGAUGUAUCAGUCCAGCCCUGGUGGUCAGUCAUCAUGUACCAGCGAGCCGUCACCACUUGGCAGUGCCGGCUACUAUGACGGUGGAGUAGAACCAAUGGGACUGAAUGGGGGCAGUAUGGGAGUUCUGAGCGCCCUGGAUGAUGUGCCCCUUGUGGACUCAACCGUCUCCACAGGAAUGUUGAGCCUCCACCAUCGCAAGCAUGCCAGCCCUGCCCACACACUCAAACACCUGAAGCAGGAAAAGUUGAAGUCGGUGAGGGACUCGUGCUCCUGGGCAAACCCAGCUCCUCCUGCCCCCAGUACCAAACUACCGCCAAUCAGUACCAGUUCUUUGUUGGAAAGUUCUGGCGGACUCUGUGAUCCAGGGCUCAUCAUCUCCAGCCAACGCCUUGGUGACCUUUGUCCCGGUGAGACUACGAUUCUGCGGCAGCUGGUAGAGCGUCGGGAUAGCCUGGCCAGCACCGUGAGCUCAGCCUACACCCUAAGCCGACGUUCCUCUGGUAUCUCCCCCUGCUACUCCAGUCGGCGUUCCAGCCAAACCUCACAACCUGGUGGCCGCCUCAACAACAUCAGCUCAGCGGACUCCUACGACCCUAUCUCCACAGACCUGUCCAGAAGAUCCAGCGAGGCCAGCCAUUGUGGAGGACUCCCCAGCCUCCUCAGUCUCACUCCUGUCCAACACUACAGACUCAAAGCCAAGUAUGCUGCUGCCAUAGGGGGGGCUCCACCCACCCCUCUACCCAAUAUGGACUGCAUGAGCCUGAAGACUCGCAUAGCCUUGUUAGGAGACUCCCAUGAAUUUACCUCGUUCCCAGUCCAUCCCACAGUUCCAAGGAGGUGUAGUGACACCAGCUAUGGUAACCGUAACAUUUUGCCCCAUGAGGUACCAGGCAACAUCACGCGAAGGGCAAGUGACCCAGUGCGUAGAGUGAGUGUAGAGCAGCAUUCUCUCAAUCAAGGGCAGCGUUUCAACAGCAUGAGCAAUGUCAACCCAUUCUCUAGUCGACAUGUCAACCUACAUCAACCGGAGUGUAACGUAAACCACCACCUGUGUCCACCUCGACCUCCUAGCAUUUCAGAGAAUGUUGCAAUGGAAACCAUGGCAAGUGACAUGUACAAUCAGAACACUAGUAUUGAUGAUGCCAUGAUGUUAACAGAUGAUGCCGUUCAAUACCUCAAAUCUCAGAAUGGAAGCUCCACCCAGCAUGCAGGGACCGUGUACUGCAACCACCCUGUGCAAGGCAUCCACGGCUUUGGCUCUCCACAGCAACAGCAGUGUCAUUACAAAAGACGUCCAGCCUUGGUGGAGAGUAACAUAAAUAGUGUAAGUCAAAGCUCUCAGCAGACAUUCACAGGUUCCCCUAAUGCCACCAAGAGCCAGAUGCCAGUGCAGUGGAAUGAGGUCAGUUCAGGGACACUGGAUUCUACUCUUAGCCAAACCAAGCAGGGAACUGGGAGGGCAAAUAUCAGUGCACUCCAACAAAAACAAAACCUCAGCCCUUUUCAGAACCUCAGCUCCAACCAACAAGUUGGGCUAAUGAGUCAGAACCUCACUCAUGCUGCCCAACAGAAUCACGUGCAACGGAAUAGCGAGUUUAUUUCCCAGAGAAUGACCUGUGGGCCAACUCAGAGGCAACCACUGCAACAGGCUAACAGUGAGCAGGCUAACUUUCUACAUGGGUACCGUCAGGGCUUUGCUUCUAGUGACAUCAGUGGAAACACCAACCAACACCCAUCUCACAUAAACAUGACAGGGCUCAGUGUAGGUUUGCUAAGCCCAUCUGGUAAAACGCUGAUGGCACAGCCUGCCAGCGGACAGAAUAACAGAUUUCAAGCUCAACCAGUGACGAUUCAAAACCAUGGUACUUUUCAAAAUAUUAAUGAAAAUGAUUCCCAGAUGAACAUCAACCAGCAAGGCUAUGGCAUUCCAGCCCAAAAUCCCACGCUAAAAGGCAACCAAGGGCUGCUACAGCCAAGACCGCCCACAGAACCUAAACCCUACAGCCGGCAACUCUCAGGGCCAACAUCAACUGCAACGCAGCAACUUGGUUACCCACAAUCCAACUUUAGCCCAGGGGAAGACACCUCUGAGGCCAGUCCAAAAAAAUCAGCUGGCAUGAAUAUUAAUGGUACAGAUACCAACGCAGUGUUCUACACUGGCCAGAUUCACAUGUUUGAUUCCAGCUGCCUAGUGCAGUGUGGGCCAGCUAGCAUAGCCAUGGCUGCAGUGGGCUCUCCUGAAUCAAAUCAGGUCUCCAGCACGGUGGAUUCAAAUGGAGUAGAGCAUCCACAGAUCGACUUUGACGCCAUGCUGGAUGAUGGCGAUCACUCCAGCCUCAUGUCAGGAACUUUAAGCCCCACCCUCCUCCGCAGCUUUUCCCAGAACUCUUCCCGCCUUACCACACCCAGGAACUCAGUGACAUUGCCCCCGGUGGCUGCAGGAAUAAGCAACAUGGCCAUUGGAGACAUGAGCUCCAUGCUUACCACACUGGCAGAGGAGAGCAAGUUCCUCAAUAUGAUGUCAUAGUAAAAACAGGAAGUAAUAUUUAAAGAGACAGUUCUUUGACUUUGAACGCAAUAUAACUGAAUAUUGCAUAAUUUGUUUGUUUUUUUACAUCAUUUUAAAAUUGUAUCAUUCCGUACAGUAUUAGUUAAGACUUUGGUAGUGUCUUUUGUUUUUCUUUAAGAAGCCAUACUUUGCCUUAGACAAGUUUAUGUAUGGUACAUAUGUAAACAGAGAAUUUGAUAAGUGACAGUACAUUAUUUUUGUAUGACUUUUGAAGUGACAAAAUGAAAGCAGGAACAAGUGCCUCAGUGUGCACAAGUAUAUGCAGGAAUUACAUUAAACUAGCAAAACAGGACUUUAUCUUUUCUGUCUUCUUCAAUGGAUAUAAUAGGUUUUGUAAAUUAUGUAAAUUAAAUGUAAAAUUGUACUUCCUAUCCAUGUUUGUAUCAGACAUAAGAGAAGCUCCAAGUUAUUGAUAUACAGAUGAAAUAUUAAAAAAGUUUUGUUUUUUAUUUGUGGUGGACCAGAAAAUUUGAAUCAUAAAGGAGCAUAACUGCUUGAAAUAGAUAAUCUAAAGAGAUUGCCACCCUCAGGCCUGAACCGGACUCUAUCUGAGGGAACCGCCCGACUGAUUGUCUUGGAAUUUUGAACUCAAAAUACAGAAAUGUGUGGACUGUCCUGUUGUGCACAUACUCCUUUUACAA